AUGUCUUGGAUAAUUCGGUUACAACAUUUACCAUUAUCAGCGAAUGCAUCAGAUAUUCGAGCAUUCUUUAGCGGUUUACGCAUACCCGACGGCUCUGUGCAUAUUGUCGGUGGACCAGAUGGCGACGCAUUUAUCGGUUUCGCGACUGAUGAGGAUGCGAGACAAGCAAUGAAAUUUGAUAAUAGACGUAUACAUGAUCAGCGAGUGAAACUAUUACUUUCAUCACGAGUCGAAAUGGAUGCCGUGAUCGCAAAAGCGCGCUCUGGUGAUUUAAACCUCGCAAAUGUGCCCGUUACAAGUUCAGCCAUAACACAACCGUUACGACAUGAAAUAAUUCGUGCAGUUAAUGGUACUUCUGAACAACAACAACAUCAGACAAAUGUUACAUCACAAGUGAUACCAACAUCGACAUCAGCGAUUUCAACUCUUUAUGCAUUAAGAAAUACACCAAACAUUAACCAAAAUAAUAGUUAUCAACAAGAAUUUAUUCGAGGAGUUGAUAAUGGCGAAACAUGGAAUCGCAAUGAAAACGCAUCAGAUUCGUGGAAAAAUACAAAUACUUCAAACUAUGAUGGAAAGCAACAGCAACAGCAACGUGUUGUUUUACCAUGGCAGGAUCCAAAAAUGCUUAAUGUUAUUGGACAAACAACAACAGCACCAAUUUAUCAUCAAACACGAGAUGAACGGUAUAAUCAGUAUGAAAGUGAGAGUUUUCAAGGAUAUACCGCUUCAUUGCAACCGUCCUCAAAUUCAGCAGUUUAUCAGCAACAUAUACAAGGCUACCAGGGUACUGGUAUUGUGGGAUCGGUAUUAUCUGGCCAGUCCUUACAAAUACCGCCAACAUUAUCCAGCAUAUCUCCUUCGACUGUUGCCGGAACAAAUGCAAGACUUCAGAAUUCUGGAUCGGUUUUGCCGAGUGCUAAUCCAUUUGCAGUUUAUCCUCAUAAUGUUCCAAUAUUUCCUCCAGUUGCAUCAGUAUCACUAAAACAUGAAAAUCGCUAUGUAGAACUAAGUCGGCUUCCAUCAGAGUUGCUGCGACCAGCUGCUUUAGAGCAGUUUCUUCAACCAGCUGUUCCUUUAACACUUUCAUCUGUUAAAGUUAUUUUUGAUCCUAAAGGUUUUCCAUUACAUUCAUUGGUUCGAUUUGAAAAUGUGAAAGAUGCAGAAAAUAUCCUGAAUCGAGAUGGUGAACAAGGGAUAAGGAUUCGUCCUUCUUCUAAGGAGAUUUUCGAUGCUGCUGUCGAUGGGAGUUUACAAAUUCCAGCAUAUUAUUUGCAAAAUAAAAAUGGUCAAAGAGUUUAUGAUCGAAAUCGAGAAGAUCGCGGUCGAGAAAGACUUAUCGGCCCUUCAUCUAGACGCCAUCAUUCACCUGAAAGGCGUGAUGUCGAUCCUCGUCGCGAUGAACGUCCUAUUGUAGGUAUUCGUGAUCGUGAACAUCGUUUGCCACGACGUGGACGUUCUAGAACUCCUCCUUCUCUAACACGAGAUCUACGUGAUACAAAGCGUCGUCGCGAAGAUACUGCACGAUUUUGCAUCGAAUUUACCAAUCUUCCAUUUCGAGUGAGUGAAGCGGAAAUCCGAGAGUUCUUUGGCGUUCGUUGUCAACCUGUUAAAGUUUCUCGAGCAUAUAAUGCUGAUGGACAAGCUUCUGAUCGAUGGAUCUUAGAAUUUGGUGACAUGGAUACAGCUGAAAGGGCUUAUCGUACACGUGGCAAAAUUCAAGAUCGUCUCAUACGAGCUAGAAGACUUACCAAUGAAGAGGCAGAUAAUUUACUUUCUGUCCCGGACAAAUUUGGCUUGCAAAAGAAAGAAGAAUAUGAGCGUAAGUUCGGCCAAGCUGAAAAUGUGAUUGGAGAUACAUCCAGUAGCCAUUUGGAUGGAAUGACUGUGCCACUUAUGAAUGGAAAUUUCGAAACUGAUAACCCAUCUGGUAUGGGCCGCACAGUAAAUGGUCCUCUUUUUAAUGGUCCUACCAUUCUCCCUGGAGCAGCAGCAACUAAAGGAGUGUCACAGGAAGGAAAUGGUCUCUCAGCAGGCUCAUCUACUGCUUCUCCACUUAUUCCUGGCAAUCCAGCAAUUGCUCACCCCAUGACUUAUCGUCAUCAGCGUAGCAAUGGGCCUCUGAUUCAAGGUGGCCCACCACGCCCACCCUUGAUCCGCCCUCCUACAUUUUUCGGUGCUACACCUUCAUCAACAAUUCGACAACGUGGUCCGCCUCCAACUCGAGGGUCUAGAGGGUCACUUUCCCAUCGGGUAGUUCAUAGUGGACAUGUUGAUAAUGCGUCUUCGUCAAAGCAAACUUACGUGGCAUUGGAAAACGUUCCAGAAUCAUGUUCGGAUCAAGAUAUUGUUGCAUUUUUAGACAUAAAACCAUCAAAAAUGAGUAAAUCAGCAACUAUUCAACAUGCAUUAAAUGGAACCGUUUUUGUUGAUUUGGGAAAUGUUGAUGACGCAUUAAAAGCUGUUUCCAAAAAUCAACAAAAAAUUGGUGAAAAUGUUAUUACAGUAACUGCAGUAAAUCAUCAACAAAUGCAAAAAAAAAUGGAAAGUAACACUGAUUUGCAACAGAAGAUGCUUGAACCUGAUUUAAUUGCAUCAGUUGGAGAGCCUGGCACUGUAAUCAGCUGUGAUGGCUUUCCUCCCAAUGUCACGCUUGCUGAUGUUUCUCAGUUCUUUAAUCAGUUUUCGCUGGUUGAAAGCUCAGUAAAAAUCAAAUUAGAUGAUCGUGGUAUGCCAACUGGUGAAUGUCUUCUUUCGCUUGGUUCCGUUGAGGAAGCGAGAAAGGCAGCUUCGAUGUUAAAUGGUCGAAAAUUAAAUGGUUCUGCUGUAACUCUGACUCUUGUUCAAGCAAAACAGUAA